GCUUAGAUGCUGGAAAGGGCUUUUCUUGGAGUGAUGCUCAUCAACACAUCCACAUUGGGGAGAAAUCAUAUAAGUGCUUGGAUUGCAGAAUGAGCUUUGUUCAGAGUUCAGACAUUCAUACCCAUCAAAGUGUCCACACAGGGGAGAACCCAUAUGAAAGCUUUGAGAGUGGAAAGAGCUUUGCUCGGAGUCCAGAGCUUACAGACCAUCAACAUAUCCACAUUUGGGAGAAACCAUAUAAAUGUUUGGAGUGUGGAAAGAGCUUUGCUCGGAGUUCAGACCUUACUACCCAUCAACGUAUCCACACUGGGGAGAAACCAUAUGAAUGCUUGGAGUGUGGAAAGAGCUUUGCUCAUAGUUCACAACUUAAAUCGCAUCAACGUAUCCACACUGGGGAGAAACCAUACAAAUGCUUGGAGUGUGGAAAAAGCUUUACUCAGAGUUCACACCUUAAAUCCCAUCAACGUAUCCACACUGGGGAGAAACCAUAUAAAUGUUUGGAGUGUGGAAAGUGCUAUGCUCAGAGUUCAGAGCUUAAAUCCCAUCAACGAAUCCACACUGGGGAGAAACCAUAUAAAUGCUUGAAUUGUGAAAAGAGCUUUGUUCAAAGUUCACACCUUACUAAACAUCAACGAAUACACACAGGGGAGAAACCAUAUAAGUGCCUGGACUGUAAAAAGAGCUUUGCCUGGAGUUCACAGCUUACUAAACAUCAAUGUAGUCACACAGGGGAGAAACCAUACAAAUGUUUGGAUUGUGCAAAGAGCUUUGCUCAGAGUGACAGCUUUAGUGCCCAUCGACGAAUUCACACAGGGGAGAAACCAUAUAAAUGCUUGGAUUGUGAAAAGAGCUUUGCUCAGAGCUCAGAACUCACUACCCAUCAGUGUAUCCACACUAGUGAGAAACCAUAUAAAUGCUUGGAUUGUGCAAAGAGCUUUGCUUGUAGUUCACAGCUUACUAAACAUCAACGUAUCCACACUGGGGAGAAACCAUAUAAAUGCCCAGAGUGUGGAAAGAACUUUGCUCAGAGUGCACACGUUACAGUCCAUCGGCGAAUCCAUACAGGGGAGAAACCAUAUAAAUGUUUGGAGUGUGAAAAAUGCUUUGCUUGGAGUUCACAGCUUACUAAACAUCAACGUAUCCACACUGGGGAGAAACCAUAUGAAUGCUUGGAGUGUGGAAAGACCUUUGCUCACAGUUCACAACUUAAAUCCCAUCAACGUAUCCACACAGGGGAGAAACCAUAUGAAUGCUUGGAGUGUGGAAAGAGCUUUGCUCAGAGUUCACAUCUUAAAUCCCAUCAAUGUAUCCACACUGGGGAUAAACCAUAUAAAUGUUUGGUUUGUGCGAAGAGCUAUGCUCGGAGUUCAAAGCUUAUAUCCCAUCAACGUGUCCACACUGGGGAGAAACCAUAAAUGCUUGAAUUGAAGAAAUGGUACAAAUGCUUAGAUUGUGAAAAGAGCUUUGCUUGUAGUUCACAGUUUACUAAGCAUCAACAUAUCCACACAGGGCAGAAUCCAUCUAAAUGCUUGGAGUGUGGGAGGAGCCUUGCCUGCAGUUCACAACUUACUGCCCAUCAACGUAUCCACACAGGGGAGAAACCAUAUAAGUGCUUGGAGUGUGGAAAGAGCUUUGCACGGAAUGGAACUCUUACUACCCAUCAACGUAUCCACACAGGGGAGAAACCAUAUAAAUGUUUGAAUUGUGGAAAGAGCUUUGCUUGGAGUUCACACCUUAUUAUACAUCAAUCUGUCCACACUGGGGAGAAACCAUAUGAAUGCUUGGAGUGUGGAAAGAGCUUUGCUCGGAGUUCACACCUUGCUAUACAUCAACGAAUCCACACGGGGGAGAAACCAUAUGAAUGUUUGCAGUGUGGAAAGAGCUUUGCUCAGAGUUCACAGCUUUCUAACCAUCGACGAAUCCACACAGGGCAGAAACCAUAUAAAUGUUUGGAUUGUGGAAAGAGCUUUGCUUGGAGUUCACACCUUACUAUACAUCAGUCUGUCCACUCUGGGGAGAAACCACAUGAAUGCUUGGAGUGUGGAAAGAGCUUUGCUCGGAGUUCACACCUGACUAUACAUCGACGAAUCCACACUGGGGAGAAACCAUAUGAAUGCUUGGAGUGUGGAAAGAGUUUUGCUCAGAGUUCACAGCUUACUAACCAUCGACGAAUCCACACAGGGCAGAAACCAUAUAAAUGUUUGGAUUGUGGAAAGAGCUUUGCUUGGAAUUCACUCCUUACUAUACAUCAAUCUGUCCACACUGGGGAGAAACCAUAUGAAUGCUUGGAGUGUGGAAAGAGCUUUGCUCGGAGUUCACACCUGACUAUACAUCGACGAAUCCACACAGGGGAGAAACCAUAUGAAUGCUUGGAGUGUGGAAAGAGCUUUGCUCGGAGUUCACACCUGACUAUACAUCGACGAAUCCACACAGGGCAGAAACCAUAUAAAUGUUUGGAUUGUGGAAAGAGCUUUACUUGGAGUUCACACCUUACUACACAUCAAUCUGUCCACACUGGGGAGAAACCAUAUGAAUGCUUGGAGUGUGGAAAGAGCUUUGCUCGGAGUUCAUACCUUACUAUACAUCAACAAAUCCACACAGGGGAGAAACCAUAUGAAUGCUUGGAGUGUGGAAAGAGUUUUGCUCAGAGUUCACAGCUUACUAACCAUCAACGAAUCCACACAGGGCAGAAACCAUAUAAAUGUCUGGAUUGUGGAAACAGCUUUGCUCAGCGUACACACCUUACUAUACAUCGACGAAUCCACACGGGGGAGAAACCAUAUGAAUGCUUGGAGUGUGGAAAGAGCUUUGCUCGGAGUUCACACCUGACUAUACAUCGACGAAUCCACACGGGGGAGAAACCAUAUGAAUGCUUGGAGUGUGGAAAGAGUUUUGCUCAGAGUUCACAGCUUACUAACCAUCAACGAAUCCACACAGGGCAGAAACCAUAUAAAUGCUUGGUGUGUGGAAAGAUCUUUUCUCGGAGUGCACAUCUUAGUAACCAUCAACAUAUCCACACAGGGGAGAAACCAUAUAAAUGUGUGGAUUGUGGAAACAGCUUUGCUCAGCAUACACACCUUACUAUACAUCGACGAAUCCACACAGGGGAGAAACUAUAUGAAUGCUUGGAGUGUGGAAAGAGCUUUGUUUGGAGUUCACGCCUUACUAUACAUCGACGAAUCCACACAGGGGAGAAACCAUAUGAAUGCUUGGAGUGUGGAAAGAACUAUGCUCAGAGUUCACAGCUUACUAAGCACCAACGAAUCCAUACAGGGGAGAAACCAUAUAAAUGCUUGGAGUGUGGAAAGACCUUUGCUCGGAGUGACAGCCUAACUCAUGACACCUUAUUUGCUCAUCGACGAAUCCAUACUGGGAAGAAACCUCAUAAAUGCUUGGAGUGUGGAAAGAGUUUUGCUCAGACGUCACACCUUAAAUCACAUCAUCGGAUCCACACAGGUGAAAAGCCAUAUAAAUGCAUGGAGUGUGGACAGUGCUUUUCUCGGAGUGACAACCUAUCUGCUCAUCAAAGAAUCCACACUGGGGAGAAACCUUAUAAAUGCUUGGUGUGUGGAAAUAGCUUUGCUCGGAGUUCACACCUUACUAACCAUCAACAAAUCCACACAGGGGAGAAACCAUAUAAAUGUUUGGAGUGUAGAAAGAGCUUUGCUCGGAGUACAGAGCUUACCAUCCAUCAACGUAUCCACACUGGGGAGAAACCAUAUAAAUGCCUGGAGUGUGGAAAGAACUUUGCUCGGAGUUCACAACUUACUAACCAUCAACGAAUCCACACAGGGGAGAAACCAUAUACAUGCUUUGUGUGUGGAAAGAGCUUUGCUCGGAGUUCACAACUUACUAACCAUCAACGUAGCCAUACUGGGGAGAAACCAUUUAAAUGCUUGGAGUGUGGAAAGAGCUUUUCUCGGAGUGCAAAGCUUACUAUCCAUCAACGUAGCCACACUGGGGAGAAACCAUAUAAAUGCUUGGAGUGUGGAAAGAGCUUUUCUCGAAACACCAUCCUUGCUGCUCAUCAACAACUCCACACAGAGGAGGAAUCCUAUGAAUGCUUAGAGUGUGGAAAGGACUUUCUUCGGCGUAAUUCCCUAUAUGCUCAUCGACGAAUCCACACUGGGGAGAGACCAUAUAAGUGCUUGGAGUGUGGAAAGCGCUUUGUUCGGAGUUCAGAUCUUACAUGCCAUCAACGUAUCCACACAGGGGAGAAACCAUAUGAAUGUUUGCAGUGUGGAAAGCGUUUUGGUCGGAGUAUAGAGCUUACAUCCCAUCAACGUAUCCACACAGGGGAGAAACCGUAUGAAUGCUGGGAGUGUAGAAAGACUUUUGCUCACAGCACACAGCUUAUUAAUCAUCAGCGUAUCCACACUGGGGAGAAACCUUAUAAUUGCUUGGAGUGUGGAAAGAGCUUUGCUCAGCGUUCACAGCUUACAUCCCAUCAACGUAUCCACACUGGGGAGAAACCUUAUAAAUGUUCGGAGUGUGGAAAAAGCUUUGCUUGGAGGGCACAGGUUAAAGCCCAUCAAAGUACCCACACAGGGGAGAAACCAUAUGAAUGUUUGGAAUGUGGAAAAUGUUUUAUUUGGAGUUCAGACUUUACUAACCAUCGACGAAUCCACACUGGGGAGAAACCGUAUAAGUGCUUGGUGUGUGGAAAGUGCUUCCCUGUGAGUGCAAGACUUAAUAUCCAUCAACGUAUCCACACUGGGGAGAAACCAUUUAAAUGUCUGGAGUGUGGAAAGAGCUAUAUUCGGAAUGGCAACCUAACUGUUCAUCAGCGAGUCCACAUGGGGACAGGGGGGAAACCACAUGAAUGCUUGAAAUGCGGAAAGAGCUUUGGUCUGAGUUCACACCUUAAAUCCCAUCAACUUAACUACAAUGGGGAUAAACCAUAUAAAUGCUUGGAUUGUGGAAAGAGCUUUGCUUGGAGUUCACACCUUACUAUACAUCAACGAAUCCACACAGGGGAGAAACCAUAUAAAUGCAUGGAGUGUGGAAAGAGCUUUUCUCAGAGUAGCAGCCUAACAGCUCAUCAACAAAUCCACACAGGGGAGAAACCAUAUAAAUGCUUGGAUUGUGGAGACAUCUUUGCUGUGAGUUCACAGCUUAAUGCUCAUCGACUAAUCCACACAGGGGAGAAACCAUAUAAAUGCUUGGUGUGUGGAAAGAGCUUUGCUCGGAAUGGAACUCUUACUAUCCAUCGACGUAUCCACACUGGGGAGAAACCAUAUAAAUGCUUGGAUUGUGGAAAGAGCUUUGCUCAGAGUGCAUUGCUUACUAACCAUCGACGAAUGCACACAGGGGAAAAACCAUAUAAAUGCUUGGAGUGUGGAAAGAGCUUUGCUCGUAGUGAAAAUCUUACUGUCCAUCAACGUAUCCACACAGGGGAGAAACCAUAUAAAUGUUUGGAUUGUGGAAAGAGCUUUGCUCAGAGUGUAUUGCUUACUAACCAUCGACGAAUGCACACUGGGGAGAAACCAUAUAAAUGCUUGGUGUGUGAAAAGAGCUUUGCUCGGAGCGGAAAGCUUACUAAUCAUCAACGAAUUCACACAGGGGAGAAACCAUAUAAAUGCUUAGAGUGUGGAAAGAGCUUUGCGGUGUUUUCACAGCUUACUGCCCACCGACGUACCCACACUGGGGAGAAACCAUAUGAAUGCUUGGGGUGUGGAAAGAGCUUUGCUCAGAGUUCAUCACUUACUGCCCAUCGACGUAUCCACACUGGGGAGAAACCAUAUAAAUGCUUGGAGUGUGGGAAGAGUUUUCCUCAUAGUUCACAGCUUACUGCCCAUCUACGUAUCCACACCGGGGAAAAACCAUAUAAAUGCCUGGAGUGUGGAAAGAGCUUUGCUCAGAGUUCACAGCGUAGUAUCCAUCAACGUACCCACACAGGAGAGAAACCAUAUAAAUGCCUGGAGUGUGGAAAGAGCUUUCCUCGUGUUUCAAACCUUACUGACCAUCAACGUAUUCACACUGGGGAGAAACCGUAUGAAUGCUUGGAGUGUGGAAAAUGCUUUGCUUUGAGUUCACAGCUUACUGCCCAUCAGCGUAUCCACACUGGGGAGAAACCAUAUGAAUGCUUGGAGUGUGGAAAAUGCUUUGCUUGGAGUUCACAGCUUACUGCCCAUCAAUAUAUCCACACUGGGGAGAAACCAUAUAAAUGCCUGCAGUGUGGAAAGAGCUUUGCUCGGAGUUCACAGAUUACUGAACAUCAGCGUACCCACACUGGGGAGAAACCAUAUAAAUGCCUGCACUGUGGAAAGAGUUUUGCUUGGAGUUCACAGAUUACUGCCCAUCAACGUAGCCACACAGGGGAGAAACCAUAUAAAUGCCUACAGUGUGGAAAGAGCUUUGCUCGGAGUUCACAUCUUACUAAACAUCACAGUAUCCAUACUGGGGAGAAACCAUAUAAAUGCUUGGAGUGUGGGAAGAGUUAUCCUCGGAGUUCACAGCUCACUGAACAUCAGCGUAUCCACACUGGGGAGAAACCAUAUAAAUGUUUGGAGUGUGGAAAGACUUUUUCUCGGAGUUCACAACUUACUGAACAUCAGCGUAUCCACACUGGGGAGAAACCAUAUAAAUGUUUGGAGUGUGGAAAGACUUUUUCUCGGAGUUCACAACUUACUGAACAUCAGCGUAUCCACACUGGGGAGAAACCAUAUAAGUGUUUGGAGUGUGGAAAGACUUUUCCUCGGCGUUCACAGCUUUCUAGACAUCACCCUAUCCACAAUGGGGAGAAACCAUAUAAAUGCCCUGAGUGUGAAAAGAGCUUUACAAGCUGUUCGCACCUCACUUCCCAUCAGAGGAUUCACACAGGGGAGAAACCAUAUAAAUGCCUGGAGUGCGGGAAAAGCUUCCGUCAGGCUGGAAGCUUGACUUCCCAUCAAAGCAUUCACACAGGUGAGAAGCUGCAUCAAUGCCCAGAAUGUGGGAAAAGUUUCCGUCAGGCUGCAAGCCUGACUUCCCAUCAAAGCAUUCACACAGGUGAGAAGCUGCAUCAGUGCCUGAACUGUGGGAAAAGAUUCAGUCACAGGGCAAGCCUUACUGCCCACCAAAGAAUUCACACAGGGGAGAAACCAUAUAAAUGCCUAACAUGUGGGAAAAGUUUCACUCGCAUUGAAAGCUUUACUUAUCACGAAAGAACUCACACAGGAGAGAAACCGUAUAAAUGCCAGGAGUGUGGCAAAAGCUUCAUUUGCAACGCAGGCCUCGUUCGCCAUCAAAGAAUUCACACGGGGGAGAAAAAAUAUAAAUGCCUGGAGUGUGGGAAAGGCUUCAGGCAGAGUGCACAUCUUAAUACUCAUCAAAGAGUUCACACAUGGGAGACACCAUACAAAUGCCUGGAGUGUGGAAAAAGCUAUAGUUACAGUGGAAGCCUUACUAUCCAUAAAAGAAUUCACACAAAAGAGAAAUCAUAGAAAUGCCAGAAGAGUGGAAAAACCUUUGAGGUGAAGAAUGUCCUUACUUCCUAUCAAAGAAUUUACACAAAGGAGGAAAAAAUCAUAAAUGCCUUGAAGUGUGAAUAGAGCUUCAGUCAGAGCACCCACCAUAAUUCAUCUAAAAGAAUCCAUCGAAAAGAAUAAAAAAUAGAAUUGCCUGAAGUGUGAAUAGAGCUUCAGUCAGAGCACCCACCUUAAUUCAUCUAAAAGAAUACACAUAGAUUAUAUUCUUUUGUCGAUAAAUUUAAUUUUCAGCCUGGCCAAAUCUGACUGUGAGCCGCCCUGAGCCCGCGUUGCGGGGAGGCCAGGCUAUAAAUUGAAUUUAUAAAUAAAUAAAUUGGGACAGAGUGAGUACAGGUAGUGUGGCCUGGUAUAUGAGUCUGUGGGCCUUGAAUAGUAACUAGU